CCAUAAACAUAUGAUAUACGUAAGUCCUCUCUUGAGAUAAUAUAAUGCCGGACCUUGAAGAACCAAUAUCCAAUAAAAAAAAAAAAUCAAAUAAUUGCGAACCUUAACACAAACAUAGUCCUCUCUUCCUCCCAGUAGAUUGGAGCCAGCUUGUUGAACGUUCUCUCCCAAUUCAAAAACUAACCUGACGGCUGAUGCAAAAACAUCACAGCCGUCAACGGCCACCGCAGUCCUUCCAGGCGAGGAGGAAGAUGACAACUUCUCAAGUUAAACGGCCCUUAUUCAGUUAUUUGUGGGCCCCACUACCACCAUACCAUUAGACAGCUCUUCCUUUUCUCCGAUCAUUACCUUACUCAUUACAUCAAAAUUAACAAAAUUCCAAAAAGAUUAAAAUAAAUUUAAAGAAAAACUCUCGGCCACUCGCUGUCUAAAACUCCAUUAAUCAUUUUUUGAAAAUGGAAAAUGAACCUUUUCUCGCCAGCCAAACAAGACCCCAAUCCCAACCCCAACUCCAAUCAAUUCUUGAACGCCAUGAUCUCUCCUUCACUCUCUCUCCGUCUCUCUCCUCUCCAAUCCUCUUCUCCGAAAUCCAAGAGCAACCCGUUUCUACUGCUAUACUCGGAGCUCCGAGUACCCAAAGAAAGAAACCGGGUUCUCUUCAUAGGUCAAAAACAGCACCUGCCAUGGUCGUCAUGCGUGAUUUAAAGCCAUUACCACCUCAGGAUCCUAAACCACAAUCUGAAUCCAGUUCUAUUAUCAGGCAAGCCAUUUUCUUGUUAUUUUUGUAUCUACUUCUUGGGGUGGUUAUUUACUCUUUUAAUAGAGAUAACUUUUCCGGUAUAGAAACCCACCCAGUUGUUGAUGCUCUUUAUUUUUGUAUAGUAACUAUGUGUACUAUUGGUUAUGGUGAUAUAGCUCCUUUAACACCAGCAACCAAAGUCUUUGCCUGUGUAUUUGUAUUGGUAGGUUUUGGAUUUAUUGAUAUAUUACUUAGUGGGGUCGUUAAUUAUGUUCUUGAUUUGCAAGAAAGCAUGAUAUUAGCUGGGAUUCAAAUGGGUAAUAAUAGAACAGCCCAUGAAGGAUUUUCAGCUAGGAAUUAUAUUGUCGAUGUUGAAAAGGGAAGGAUGAGGAUUAGAUUAAAGGUUGGUUUGGCACUUGGAGUUGUGGUUUUGUGCAUUGGAAUUGGUACUUUGGUUCUUUAUUAUUUGGAGGACUUGGAUUGCAUUGAUUCCAUUUAUUUGGCGGUUAUGUCAGUUACUACUGUUGGGUAUGGUGAUAGGGUGUUUAAGACCCUGCCUGGGAGGCUGUUUGCUGCUAUUUGGCUGUUGGUUUCUUCCUUAGCCGUUGCAAGGGCGUUUCUUUAUUUGGCUGAGGCUAGGAUUGAUAAGAGGCAUAGGAGAAUUACAAAGUGGGUGUUGCAUAGGGAUAUUACUGUGGAGGACUUAAUUGCUGCGGAUAUCAACAAUAAUGGUUUCAUCAGCAAAUCAGAAUAUGUAAUCUACAAGCUCAAAGAGAUGGGGAAGAUUGGAGAGAAAGAUAUAUUGCAGAUAUGCAAUCAAUUCAGCAAGCUUGAUCCCAACAACUUGGGAAAGAUAACCCUACCUGAUCUCCUAGAGAACCGUUUGUGACAAUUAAACAGAUAAAUUUAGUCUCUAUUUUUUCAACAGAAAGAUAUCUGUUCAUUACCUAAAGUAGGACAAAGGGAAAUAGGAACUCAAGAAUCCUAAUGGAAAACAAUCGCGUCAUACAUUGGUGAUAGUGCAGCAGAUUAUCCACCACUAGAUGAUGCGUAACUGUACAGUCCUGGAGCUAUGGAGGGUUACAUGGUGAUAAUGCAGUGAUCAGAGAAGAGAAAUGAAGAAAACAGAAGCCAGUGUGUGGCUGCCUUUUUUUUUUUUUUGGUAGCAGAAUGUAAUUAAGAACUGAUACUGGAAAUAUUCCAAAAGGAAAAUGCAAUGUAGAGGUUAUACAGGUCAUUUUAUCUCAUUUGUACAAAUAAUUGGGUAGAUUUUUUACUCAUUAGUCAUCUGGGUUUAAAAGUGGACCAGUCAGUGAAGCAGAUUGUUUAUGUGGGAGUGGGAAGAGACAAAUGUUUGUCUGUUAGGCAAGAUUUCUGUCUCUAUGUAUCAGCUGAAUCCUACAAAUACAAUAAGCGUGGAGAUCAUGUUCGCAUGACAUUGCUAAA